AUGGAGCAAUACAACGACCAAGAAUCGUCCGGUCUAGCCGACAACCCGGACAAUUCUUCUCAAGCUCCGGAAGUGGGCCAUGCAUGUAACCCUUGCCGAAGACGCAAACUUCGGUGCUCUAGAGAGCUACCCACCUGUCAGCAUUGUCGCAAGUCGGCCUAUGAAUGUUUGUAUGAGGCGAAACGUGCCAAACCUGGCAUGAAGGCCGGGGCAUUGGAUAAUCUACACCGAAGACUUGAUGGCCUAGAACGUUCGAUCGAAAGACAUCAAGCCAAACUGGAAAGCCUGGAAGCCGAGGAGCCGUACCAAGAUAGCGAUUCAAAUGUCAAUGCCAUCCUGUCAUCUCUUGCAACAAGUCUCCAAUCUCUGAGUAAGCGGUCGACUCGACGGAUUGUUACCCGAGAUGACACUGGAGGCCCGGCGAAACGACGUAGGAUUAAUGACGAUACCGAUCCUAAUCAAGCUUUCACGGCCAUCAGUGUUCCACCUUUGCCCGAGGAAACCAUCAUCAACGCCACUAUCGAAUCGUACUUUCAUCAUGUUCAUCCUUGGAUACCGAUUAUCCACGAAGCUCGCUUCCGGAGGAGGCUCGAUGAUGAUGAUGAGAGGGAUAAGCUCCGACUCGUCAUACACGCCGUUUUUCUUGCCGCAUCCCGCUACUCUGAAACACAGCCCGACGCAGUAUCGCAGGAGGAUGUCAGAGAUUGGAUAGUCGCUCAAGCUAUGAAGCAGUCAUCAGUUGAGGCCUUACAGGCCUUGGUCAUUAUUGCAUACAAUGACAUCGGGAAUGGAAGGACUGCGCAUGCGUGGCCACUUGUCGGUUGCCUAUCGCGCAUGGUCGAGUACCUCCAGCUGACGGUUGAGCACGAUGAACCCACGCAGUCGUCGUUCACCCAGCCAUAUAAUUCGUUGUCCCGGCCAAAGAACUGGACGGAGGCGGAAGAACGACGACGACUGUUUUGGAGCAUUUUUGCCCUUGAUCGCUUCUGUUCAGUCAGUAUGGGGUGGAACACCAGUCUUACGUCCGACGAUGUACACCGUCGUCUACCGUGUGAUGGCAUUACAUGGCGUAAAGAGGAUCCCGUUGUGACGCCCUAUAUAGGGAUCUGGGAUAGAUCGGCCGGUCGCAUUGGGAAUCCGAUCGCAUUUCUACCUUCACACCCAAUGCCCGGUAGGGCAGCCGCAGAAACAGAAGGGGAGGCCGCGUCUGAGACGGCUACAUCGCCGGGGGGAGCGACUGCGGCAGUUGACAUGACCACGGUCGGAGCAUAUGCUUAUUGUAUCGAAGCAACCGAGUCUCUGAGUCGGGUAACGAGCUACUUCCUUCGACAAAAGGUCAAUAUGCAUGAUCAGAAGGCAUUUGGUGCCUGGCUUACUCGAUUCAAAGAGCUUGACCUUCGGCUCGUACACUGGAAGAUGCUUCUCCCCCAAAAGUGGGCAAUGAACGUAACGCAGCAGACUUCCUCAAGAAUGGAUCCGAACCUGACGUUGGCCCAUUUGACUCACAAUGCAUCCAUGAUUCUACUUCAUCAGCCGAUCGCAUUUCCCCUACCGUCGUGGCCCUUCAAGAAUCGACUCCCUAGUCUCUGCAGCGUGGAUACAUGUCAAACGGCGGCAAUCGAAGUUGCCUCCAUAACGAACCAAUAUCUGAAGAGUUCAGCAGAAAACUGUCCGCUGAGUAGCCAGUUUGCAUUUUGUGUUUUCAUCGCGGCUAGAGCGUUGCUAUUGUCCUGGCAGCAUAGCCCAGCAGGCACCACCGUUGCGUCCGAGUUCUGGACGCUAAUUAGCAGCCUUGAUAUCAUGUCCUAUCGUUGGACAGGAACAUAUGGAACCACUGAAUUGCAGCAUCAUAGCCUCUUUGCCAAGUAUUCUGGAACACUAAGUGAGCUGCACAGGCGAUUCACUCAGGAUGAUUCCUUCUACAUCAAUCCGUCUGGAUAUACCACCGAAAUAGUACAUUCGACGACAGAUGUCCGAUCGCCAAGCAACACUCCAUUUGGAACUGGUAACACUAGAAGGGUUUCUGUGCAGCAUUUCUCCGAUACAAGCACCAUCGGCCUUCCAACCGAUGGACAUGUGCCGUCAGGUCCGGUACCAGCAAGAGGUGGAGAGGGGAAUAUCUCAACGCACGUUCCAGAUAUGCCACCCCAGGUAGCGGCAAGCAUCGGUCCUAAUACUUUUGCUCUGCACAUGACAAAUGCGCUCGAACAGGGUGGAGAUGGUGAUGAUCCGAUGGCAAUAUCGCAGAUGUUGCUAGGUCAGCAGUUCACCGACUUAGACCGAGUCAUCAGUUUCAACGAUGGGAUUUUUGGACCUGAAUUUGAGGCGCGAAGAUGGUGA